UUGAGCUAAACGGUCGUGAGCGCUUAACUAAACUAAAGAAAUUCAGUGGAAGUAGAGAAAAAACAAAGUGUAAUAAUUUUUCAACUGGUUUUUUUUAAACUACAGAAACAAAAAAAUUACAAUAUAAAAGAAUAAUUUAAUUAGAAAUAAACAAAAGCAAAGAAAGUUUAAAGAAUUGUAUAUAAAAAUAAUAACUAAAAUUAUAUGGAAAAAGUUUAAUUUUGUUAUAAAUUUAAAGAAACAAGUGCAAUUUAAGGUGAAUACACAGGAAAAAAUUAAGCAAAAAUCGUAAAGAAAAAAAUAUACACCAAAAAUAUAUAACAAAAACACCCCUCUCUGCUCUCUUUUGUAAUUGAAAAUAAAGUAAAACAAAAACAAAUCUAUUAACAACAACAAAAACACAAGGGGGUUGUUAAAGUGUGAAAAUAAAAGUAAAGAUAAGCAGAAGCAAAAAUAAUAAUAAAUAAUUGAGUCAAUGAUAAAAUUCUGCAAAAAUUAUAAAUAAUUUAACUAAACCAAAGCUAAAAACAUAAAAUUUAAAACAGAUUUUGUCAUUUUAAGGCAAAAUAAAGAGGAUUUUGUUUAAACGAGUGUGUGUUUAGGCCAUGCGUGACCUCGGUUCAAAAAUGGCCGAGCUUAAAUUUGAGGCUCCUUUGGCAAAACUCGAUGAAACCGAUGACUGGGCCGGCUGUGAUUUCAUCUCCAAUCAAAAUCAACUCAAUGACACUUUAAAUCUUAAUCUCAAAGACCCCUUGGCCCAGCAGGAGAAUAAGAUCCGUAUGCUGGAGGAGGCCGUCAGAGAUGCCCAUGUUAGCAAGAGUGGCUAUACUGGCAACAUAAGUCCCAACUGCAAUACUUUAAUGGGUGAGGAUAUGUCGGCAUUUGACACCACUUUUGAGCCCAGCAGCAAGCAUUCGUUGAAUGCCGGCGAGUCGGUGGAUAAUUUUGGUGAAACUUCUUUUGGUGGCAGUUUGGAGGAUUUGGUCAAUACAUUCGAUGAAAAGAUCACAAAGUGUUUUGGUAACUAUGAGGAAAAUGUGGAGGCGCUGGCGCCCGUACAAGUACGCAGUCAAGAGGAAAUCAUGAAUGAAUGCCAAAUGUGGUGGACUAUAACCGGAAACUUUGGAAAUAUAUUGCCAAUCGAUUGGUCCAAAUCAUUUACACGUAAAAUGCAUAUGCCUACUUUAAAUUUGGGACAAAAUCCUGCUAAACAAUCUGAUUCUCUAGAUGCGCAAACACCCGGCGACGAGCUCAACAGUGAAGACGAAGCCAUUGCCAAUGAUCUGGAUAUGCAUGCUUUGAUUUUGAAUGGUCUCAACAGUGAAUCGGAAGAGCCCAUUAAAAGUGUGGAAGAGGUGAUUAAGGAAAUUGAAUAUAUUAUUGAUGAGGCCGACAGUCCCACAGAUGAUGCCACCACAUGUGAAUCGGAGGUUAUAGAAAAGGCCAAAGAGGUGUUGGGGGCACCUUUAUAUGCGGAGAAAUUGCAAUAUCUAUCCAUAACCCAAUUGAAUGAAUUGUAUAUGGAAAUGGAGGUUUUGAUACAGGAGCUGAGCGAGACUUUGAUCAAUGAGUUGGCCUUGCGUGAUGAAUUGGAAUUUGAAAAAGAAUUGAAGAAUUCUUUUAUCUCUAUACUGCUGGCAGUACAAAACAAAAGACGACAAUAUCAUGUCGAAAAGAAACGUGGCAAAUUCCAAGGACCCGAUCCCAAAUAUCUAACCACUGUCAUACCCUAUACCCUGGAGAAUGGCACACCUAAUAAUCAAAAUUUACAAGUUUUAAUUAAAAUUUUAAAAGCCAUUAAUGAGGACAGUCCUACAGUUCCCACUUUAUUAACGGACUACAUUUUAAAGGUAUUAUGUCCUACAUAAAGCGUUUUCUUUUUAAAACAUAUUUAUUCUAUAUAAAAAAAAAUAUUACUUUCUUCUUAAGAACAAAAUUUUAGUUUUAAGUAUUUUUUGUUUUUAAAUCUAAUUCUAAAAAAACAAGCAAAAUUUAUAUAAAAAAAAAUUUAGCUGCUAAUUUAAUUACCACAAAAUAAAAGUUUGAAUAUCUAAAUAAUAA